UGAUAAACUCUCACAAAAGGAGACACUAUUCACAGGAUAUUUAUCUCUUCUUUUGGGCUUACAAUGUGCAGAGGACUAGCAGCACUACCAAAUACUUGCCUGGAAAGGGCUAAAGGAUUAAAAGCACGCAUGAGCAGCUUUCUGGACUGGAGGCUGCUGUGCUAUGCCUACAAAUUGAGAAAACCAAGACUGACUUUGGAGGAAUGCUUGAGGUGGAAAGAAUCUUUUGACAAGCUACUGUCCAGCAAACAUGGACUAUAUGCCUUUAGAGCUUUUCUGGUGUCUGAAUUCAGUGAGGAGAACAUUGCCUUCUACCUGGCCUGCGAGGACUACAGAAGCACAAAGUCUGCAGCCAAGCUCUGCUCCAAAGCCCAGAGGAUUUACAAUGAGUUUAUCGGAAGUGAAGCACCAAGAGAGGUUAACAUCGACCAUGAGACUCGAGACAUUACCCAAGCCAAUGUGAAGAGCCCAACUCCAACCUGCUUCGAUCUAGCACAGUACCGGAUCUACAUCCUGAUGGAGAAAGACUGCUACCCGCGUUUCCUGCGGUCAUCCGCCUACAGAGAUUUAGUCAGCCAGUUGACCAAGAAGAACACCAAGGCUGCCACGAAAAAAGCCUGAAAGACCUUAGCCACCAGGAGCCUAAAAGAAGAAUAAUAGAAAGAGGUGAUGUCAUGAAAGAGGUGUCCGUCUGAUGAAGAAAAGGGCCAGACAGGGAGUUGUGGUGGUCAUUACAGAUCCUAAACAGGGAGAGCAGGCCUGUAGUGAAUAAAGACGACGACGGCAGCUCAAGGUUAUAAAGAGUAGCAGGAUGGAGUGGAAGAAGACUACCAUUCUACCACAAUUGUGUAAAUGGAUUUGAAAAAAGUUGAGGAGAAGACCGUGUAGCAUCUACAUCACAAUCAAAGAAGAUAUGCUGAUGGAACUGUCCCAUCUCGCAUAUGCAAAUAAGCUUGUUAAGAUUUUUCUGUUAACACUGCCAUUUUUAACAGGGAGUUCUGUUAAACUAUAUUUAUUUAUUUAUUUAUUUCCUUUUUCACUUGCAAACUGCCAGUACACUGCUGUGAUUCUUAAAAAAAACACUCUUUCUUGAGAGGAUGCGUGCAAUAUUUUCUUUUGAACUUGCUGUACUCUAUCAAAAACAAUUUAAUAAAAUUUCAAUUCAGA